UGAUGAAUGUGUUGCUGUUGCCGGUUGCAAGAGUUCACCUGCAUAAUGCUCUGGAAAAUGCUCUGAUUGUUCCAACCAAACUGCAGCUCUUUGAAUACAGCUCCAUCUCUAUUAACUGUGAGGGUUUUAUCACCACAACCGGGUGGACUGUCAUGAGGAAGAUGAAGGGAAAAGUCGAUGAGUGCGUCAGUACCUGGGUGACGACACCAGCAUCCGUCUGUGCCAUCAAACCUGUUUAUUUAACAGACAGUGGAGAAUACUGGUGUGAGGCUGGAGAGGAGAGAAGCAACGUCGUCAACAUCACGGUCACUGCUGGAAAUGUGAUCCUUGAGAGUCCUGCUCUCCCUGUGAAGGAGGGAGACACUGUGACUCUACGCUGCAGAAGCAAAACCACCUCCUCGGCCCUCAUAGCUGAUUUCUAUAAAGAUGAUUUGCCCAUCGGCACUGACUCCACGGGAGAGAUGACCAUGCGUGAUGUUUUUAAAUCUAAUGAAGGACUUUACAAGUGCAGCAUCUCUGAGUUUGGAGAAUCACCGCAGAGCUGGCUCGCUGUCAGAGCAGUUCACAGAGAGACUCCUCCCUCCUCAGAUCACUCCUGUCAUGUGUACCUCGUCUUAAGGACUGUGUUCACCAUAGUGAUGGUGGCUCUGCUGCUGCUGCUGGUGGGACUACUUCACUUUGGGAAAGUGAGAGUUACACAAAAAUAACUCCAUACAAAAAAAAAGAGAAAAUUGACACCAAGUACAAAGUUUAAUGAACUUUCUUUCAGUCAAUGGCUUGAGUACUUGUUAUUGGAAUGGGUUUUUUGUACAUUUCAGUCCAACUUUGAGGAACAAAUGUGCCAGCCUUCAUUAGGUCUCACAGUUCUGUGUAUUGUAUUAGACUUUGUAACAAGCAGAAAAAACUCAAACCCACGGAUAGACGCUUGACCUAUUUUUAAAAAGCGUGCUGUAUAUCUUCUAUGUUUUUCUUUAGAGACUGCAGAUGCUGGUGAUAAUUUAAGCAUCUUAGACGCAAA